AUGGCCUCUAUGGGGCUGCAGGUGAUGGGCGUCGCGCUGGCCGUGCUGGGCUGGCUGGGCGUCAUCGUGAGCUGCGCGCUGCCCAUGUGGCGCGUGACGGCCUUCAUCGGCAGCAGCAUCCUGACUGCGCAGGUCACCUGGGAGGGCCUGUGGAUGAACUGCGUGGUCCAGAGCACCGGGCAGCUGCAGUGCAAGAUGUACGACUCGCUGCUGGCGCUGCCGCAGGACCUGCAGGCCGCGCGCGCGCUCAUGGUGGUCUGCAUCAUCAUGGCCGCGGUGGGCGUGCUGCUGUCCGUGAUGGGCGGCAAGUGCACUAACUGCGUGGAGGACGAGACCGCCAAGGCCAAGACCAUGAUCGGUGCCGGCGUGGUCUUCCUGCUGGCCUGCCUGCUGGUCAUGGUGCCCGUGUCCUGGACGGCCCACAACAUCAUCAGAGACUUUUACAACCCCGUGCUGGCCUCCUCCCAGAAGCGGGAGAUGGGCGCUGCGCUCUACAUCGGCUGGGCUUCGGCAGGCCUGCUGCUGCUGGGCGGGGCCAUGCUGUGCUGUAACUGCCCCCCGCGCAACGACAAGGCCUACUCGGCCAAGUACUCGGCGGCCCGCUCCGGCCCGACCAGCAACUACGUGUAA